UUCAAGCUUGAAGGAUGUCAAUGGAUGAUACUCCACCAGCAGAGGAGCUUCUAAACAAGUUUCAACUACUGGAAGAGGGUCAGGAACACCGCAAGCAAGAACUGCCAACCCUGUUCAUCAGGGACUACUCUUAUUCCUAUGCUGAGCUGGAAAACCAAAGAGCUUUCUCAGUUUUGCCGCAGUAUUCAAGAUUCUUUUCAAAAAGUAGAAUCAGCAGUGGCAGUCAGCUGCCAUCAACUCUGAACUUCAGUAAUCACCAGUGUCUGAACAUAUUGCAGUCAAUGGGACAAUCUGUUUAUAUAUUUGAUCUAAACUGUCGUAUAAUUUACUGGAAUAAAGCUGCUGGAGAUAUAUUUGGUUAUUCUUUGGCAGAGGCCCUUGGACAGAAUGUCGUUGAGCUCGUGGCAGAUCCCCAAGCCUUUGCUGUUGGACACAGUAUUGCUCAACGUCUCACCAUGGGGGAGAGCUGGACAGGGCAGUUCCCAGUCAGGAGCAAAAUGGGGGAAUCGUUUUCAAUCUUUACCACGAAUACUCCAUUUUGUGAUGAUGAUGAUGGCAAUUUUAUUGGGGUUAUUUCCGUCUCAAGUAAGGUCCACCCUUUUCAAGAGAAUAGGGUUCACCUGUUAGGUGUUGAUGAGCUCCCAGAACCAGAUUCAAUCUUCGGCCCUUGUAACACUGUUGCAACUCAACUUGGUUUUGAUCCUCAGCAGCCUCUACAAAAUACAACUGCAUCAACAUUAACAACUUUGGCAGCCAAGGUGAGCAACAAAGUCAAGACAAAAUUCGGUGUAGGAAAAGGCAACUGGGAUUGCAUAACUGGGAAAGGAGACAAUCCUCAGUGUGACCAUAGUGAGGAUGGGAACUUAAGUGCGGCUAGUUCACCUAGAGGAACUAUUACUCCAUCUCCUUUCGCUAUACUUUCCAAGAUCAAAGACAAGUUUCAUAAGAAUUCCAGAUGUUCAUAAUAAUUCCAGAUGUUACUGCAUGACUACAUCUGUAUCCAAGUGUCAUAAGUUAAUAAAGUUUCUUAAGAGUUCCAGAUUAAUUCCAGAGCCAGUGGGAUGAUUUCCUAAGAAAAUGAUAUAUAUGUAGUUCUCCGUAGCAAGAUGCAGAUUC